AUGAAUGAUGCGACGACCUCCUUGCUCACUGAGCACUUCAGUUACACACCAUUGUCACUUAUAGACGACAUUAUCAAUUCAAUUAACAAUUUGAUAUACCAAGCGAUAUCGAGCUUGGAGUCUGGACUGCUCAAUACACCACCCGAACGCCUCGGUUUCUCCCACGACAGCAGCGGUCCCAGCAUCGCGGAAACAGACGAGGAUGGCAAUGUGGUGUAUCCUGAAGCGAAACUGGAGAUUGAGAAUGGCCUUCAUCAGCUGGAAACACUCCUGGAGGCUAAUGUCGAUAAGGCAUUUGACAAAUUCGAGAUUUAUGUGCUGCGCAACAUUCUCACGGUGCCUGGGGACUUGCUCUCCUGGGUGCGUUUGACGCAUUACGAGGGUCUCUCGUUUGAACCCUCAUUAGAUGCGCCGACACCAGAAACUAUCCAUGCGCAACGCAAGAAGCUGUUCGAAACGAAGAAACUGAACCGGUCACUGAAGGAAGAACGCGAUCGAAAUGAUGCAGUCAUUGCACAACUCCAAUCUAUCCUAUCAAGAGUUGAAUCGGCGAAGGUGGAUGGCGUGUCCAAGCCGACCGAAGACAAACCAGUGGACUUGUCCUUCUUGACCUCCAGUCCAGCUGCACGUCAGCUUCGUGUUGGUGUCGAUGCUGGGCCGAAUGCCAAACCGACGCCUCUUACGACCAAUACCACUUUUAUUCUCUCGCAGCUACCGGCGUUACAGACAACCCUUGAGCAGCUCCGCCCGAAAUUGGCAGCCCUGCCUAACGCAACCGUGCCAAUGGACACAAAAACCAAGAGAGACGAGAGGAAGGAAUACAUCGAGAGCAGGAUUCGACUCCACCUUGAGCGAGCCGGACAGCUUGCCAUGGGUGACGACGGCCAUGCCGUCGUUGCAGGGCGCAGGAUCGACAUCAGGGAGGCCCACGCCCUCGAAAGCGUGGCCAACAUGCUUACGCAAAACAAGUUUGCAUAG